AUUCGAAAAUGACAGAAUUCAAUCCCGUGCUCCGGUUGAAUCAACAAACCGAGGGAUUUGGGAGCGUGUGUGACCCUUUCUCUGGUCCACCCAAUUACACCUACACACCUGAAAAAUGCUCAAAGGAUUCCAUUCAAAUCGGCGAAAUACCAAAUGUCUUGCAAAGGUUUACAUGUUACGAAGAUUUUUCUACUGGAAAUUGCAUAGGAGAUGGGAGAUUUCUUCCAGAAGCUUCGUACAUGAUGGUUCGGGCUUACAGUCGAUCAAUUCAGAACUUGAUAAAUAUAUUUCCGGAUUUGCAGAGUCUCACUCAGUGCUCGUUUGUGAACGACGCUUUCAUGGACAUUUUUUGGCAUCAGUGUGAGCCAUUUAAAGCUUCGAGUCGAAUGUUAUGGGCAUCCAUGCUCUCUCUUUCGAUAGUAAUGGUGGUUUUAUUGUUACUUUGGGUAGCAAAAGCUUAUCAAAAUAGGGGCGGAAGUUUCUCGGUGUGUUCCAUCAUUCCCAGGCCUACAUAGGAAAUGAGUAUUAACUUCUAAGCAAUAUUGUACAGGAAAUAUAUAUAUAUAUAUAUAUAUAUAUAUAUAUAUAUAAGGCAGAGUGCUAAGACACACAACUCUUUUCGGCUCUAGUCCUCCCUGCAUGAUCUCGCUCCAACUCUCACUCUGUAUGACAUAAGGUGAUACACUAGAUCAGAAUUUUUUAGGUAAAAUUCAAAUGCAUACUCCAUAGUGGUGACAAGAUAUGGUUUGUCAUAGAAAUUAUGUAGAUUGCAUUAGAGAAACGUGUAAAUAACAAUAUAUACAUAUUUUUAUAAAUUAUGUUGUCUGGGGCGGAGCAGGAUUGCAAAGUAAGGGAAGUUAAAAAAUAAAAAAAUUUGAAUAUGAACACAAUAAAAAUUAUGAAAUAUUAAAAAAAAUUCUUGUAAAAGUGAGAUAUGGUAAGGGCAUAUUGUAUUUAAUAUA